CAGAAACAGCCACCUCGCUCUUUUACUAUUGCGCUGCCUCUCUACGUGAGUGCGUGUUUAUAUAUAUAUAUAUAUAUAUGAAUAGAUAGCUAGGACAUACAUGCACAUUCCUUAGAGAUACAGAGGGUGGAGCGAUCGAUUUGUUGCUUCGAAGGGAGAGCGAGAGAGUCGAGAAUGGCGCAGAAUAGGUUUAUAGUUGAGGUUGAGAAGGCCAAGGAGGCCAAGGAUGGGAGGCCAUCGAUGGGAACGGUUUACCGCAGCGUUUUUGCCAAGGAUGGAUUCCCGCCUCCUAUUGAAGGAAUGCAUAGUUGCUGGGAUGUGUUCCGCAUGACUGUCGAGAGAUGUCCGGAUAAUCCGAUGCUUGGUCGUCGUGAGAUUUUAAAUGGGAAGCCUGGUAAAUACGUGUGGCAAACUUAUAAAGAAGUAUAUGAAUUGGUAAUUAAAGUGGGAAAUGCUAUGCGAAGUUGUGGUUUUGGGGAAGGAGCAAAAUGUGGCAUUUAUGGUGUAAAUUCUCCAGAAUGGAUUAUAAGCAUGGAGGCCUGCAAUGCUCAUGGACUCUAUUGUGUUCCUUUAUAUGAUACUCUAGGUGCUGGUGCUGUCGAAUUUGUUAUACGCCAUGCAGAGGUUUCAAUUGCUUUUGCUGAAGAGACAAAAAUCCCUGAGGUGUUGAAAACCUUGCCUAACACAACAGAGUUCCUCAAAACACUUGUGAGCUUCGGCAAGGUCAGCCCUGAACAAAGGGAGGAAGUUGAGAAGUUUGGGUUGACAAUAUAUUCGUGGGAUGAAUUUUUGCAACUGGGUGAUGGAAAACGGUUUGAUCUUCCACUGAAGAAGAAAAGUGACGUGUGUACUAUAAUGUAUACUAGUGGAACUACUGGUGAUCCCAAGGGUGUAAUGAUAUCCAAUGAUAGCAUCAUUGCUCUUUUAGCUGGGGUGAAGCGCCUACUCGAGAGUGUUAAUGAACAAUUGCAAGUAAAGGACGUAUAUCUGUCAUAUCUUCCUCUUGCACAUAUCUUUGACCGGGUGAUUGAGGAGCUAUUUAUUUUACAUGGUGCCUCAAUAGGGUUCUGGCGUGGGGAUGUCAAACUUUUGAUUGAGGACAUUGGGGAGCUAAAACCAACUAUUUUCUGUGCUGUCCCACGCGUGUUAGAUAGAAUAUACUCUGGUUUAAAUCAGAAGAUUUCCUCGGGGAGCUUCUUGAAAAAGACGCUGUUCAAUUUUGCAUAUUCACACAAGUUUCAUAACAUGAAGAAUGGGAGUAAACAUGAUCAGGCAUCUCCAAUUUGUGACAAAAUUGUCUUUAGUCAGGUGAAGCAAGGUUUGGGGGGUAGGGUUCGCCUUAUUCUGUCUGGAGCAGCACCUCUUGCCCCCCACGUAGAAACUUUCCUGCGAGUGGUGACAUGUGCUCAUGUUAUACAAGGAUAUGGUCUGACAGAAACUUGUGCGGGGACAUUUGUCUCACUGCCCAAUGAACUGCCAAUGCUUGGUACAGUAGGCCCUCCUGUACCCAAUGUGGAUGUGUGCCUAGAGUCUGUUCCUGAAAUGGGAUAUGAUGCCCUUUCGAAUACACCACGAGGAGAAGUAUGUGUAAGAGGAAAAACAUUGUUUUCAGGGUACUACAAGCGUGAGGACCUCACCAAGGAGGUCAUGGUUGAUGGGUGGUUCCAUACAGGUGAUAUUGGUGAGUGGCAACCAGAUGGAAGCUUGAAAAUCAUUGACCGCAAGAAGAAUAUAUUUAAGCUUUCUCAAGGAGAAUAUGUUGCUGUCGAAAACUUGGAGAACAUAUAUGGUCUUGUUACUGCUAUUGAUUCGAUAUGGGUCUACGGAAACAGCUUCGAGUCCUCCCUUGUGGCUGUUGUGAACCCUGGCAAGGAAGCACUCGAACGAUGGGCCAAAGAAAAUGGCAUCACUGGGGAUUUCAAUUCUGUCUGUGAAAAUCCCGCGGCAAAAGAAUACAUUCUUGGGGAGCUCACGAAGAUUGCUAAAGAAAAAAAGUUGAAAGGUUUUGAGGUUAUUAGAGCUGUUCACCUUGAUCCUGAACCAUUUGACAUGGAACGGGACCUUAUAACUCCAACCUAUAAGAAGAAGAGGCCUCAGUUGCAGAAAUAUUAUCAGAAUGCCAUCGACAACAUGUACAAGAGCGCAAACAAGCCCCGAGCGUGAAGGGAAUUUUACUUCUGGAGCCAGAAUUUAUUUUCUCCCAUUUAGCAAUAGCAAUGCAUUGUCCAGUUAUUUUAUUCUUGUGACUCUGUAUAGCUCUUUUCCAUAAACCAGCUGAUGACUCUAAAUUAAAAUGUGUAACCAUAGGGAAAAGACAAACAUGCUCUAAAAAUGAAUUUAAUGUUCUCAAUUAA